GUAAAAUUUCAUUUCGUACUCAUUGUAAAACACAGUUUUCUAGCUUGUUGAAGUUUUUUAGUUAACAUGUUCACUCACAAUACAUGCGUACACUAAAUUAGUCUAGAAGGUGACACAUAUUCUAUUAAACUGGAUUAGUCACUUUUUAUUUAACAAAUAUUUCCUUGUAUCUAGAGUUCUUUAGAAAAAACUUACUUCAAUUACGUUUGUUUUAUCUUAAGCUCCACGAACCAAUGAAUUAAGCAUUGUCAUGAAUUUAAGUCCCAAAGAGGUCAUUUAUUCUUUUUCUUUAAUAUACUGCUGUUUACAAUCAACGAUCAAUUUCGUAUCAUUGAGUCACGGGGUAUUGGACCUAAAAUUCAGAUGUUUUUGUCUUGAAAUUUCAAUACAUUCCAAGUAUGUACCAAUGUUUAAUUAAACGUAUCAUCAUAGGUCCUUUGAAGGCACUUGAGGGGAAUCAAAUUGAAUAUGGUUUAAUGCAUUGAAGAAUUACAAUAUAACACAUACCAAUUUCAAAGGUAUUUUCAUCUGACGCAUAGUUGAAGACUUAAGCUUAAAGUGUUAUGUUGAUAGGCGUUGUUUAUUCUUUAUUUCAUAACCCAAUAUUUGCUUCAGCUUCAUCUGCAUUAUGAUAUCAUGUAAGACAUUUAUUAUAAUAAAAAUCUGUGAUGUUACGUUUUAUUUGAUCCCUUCCCUUGUAGCUGAAAGGUAUGACAACAUUAAAUAUCUUAAAGUAAUAAUAUAUAUAUAUAUAUAUAUAUAUAUAUGUUUACUCUGAUUAUAUUCCUUUCAAAUUUAUCCUUGUUUUACCUUUUUUUCAUUUUUAUUUGACCCAUAUUUGGUUUCAAUAGCACAGUUAUAGUGCUGUGUGAAUGUAUUAUUAUUGUUCUUUUUAGAGUAUUAUAAUCAUGAACUCUGAUGAAGCUUCAACUACACGGGUGACCACUAAAGAACAGGUGUUGACCAUAGCUAAUGGAAACUUUUCUCAAUCUAGACAAGCCGAACCUAUGAAGAAUUCUAUAGCAACAAAGAUUAUAACUGAUUGCACCCCUACUACAAGUAAUUUCAAAGCUGAUAAAGGGGAAAAAACAAAAGUAGGAGUCCUAGCCAAGUUGAUCUCGGGUCAGUCAAUUUCUGAAGCUGAGCUCAAGGAAGUUUCUUCGGAAAUGUUAAUACAGGAAAAAAUUAUAGUGGCAUUACAAAAAGAUAACGAGGUUCUGCGAAGCAAAAAUAAGGAACUCUCACUGAAAAAUAAUGAACUUAUCAAUUAUAUUGCAAAUCUAGAGGCUAAACAUAGUCUCUUAGUAAGCAGUGUAGAAAGUGAAGCUCAAAUAAACCAAAAACGUGUGGAUGACAUUCAAAGGCUGAUGACUACCAUUAAUGAACUGAAAUGUAGGUAUGAGGAAUUAGAGAACUCCAAAAUAGGAUUGCAAGCUCGGCUAAAAAGUAUCGAACCUAGGAAACUUGAAGAUAAAUGCACAUUUACAGAUGGUUUUAUAGUUAAUGAAAUAUCUAUGACAGGUGGUAUACAUCAUGGGAAUAGUGAUUCCAAGCAUGUAAGCUGGGCUAAAGGAAGCAUGAAUACUCAAGAAAUGGGAUUGUCUGAUCAUCGGAAAAUGGUCAAGAAGAACUGCGAACCCAAGGGUUCUCAAACGAAUAGUAGUAACUUUGAAUCAUCUUUACAGAAUAGGCAAGAAACCCAUGUAUCUAACACAAACCAUGGUUCCAAGAUAUCAGAAGAAAGCCGCCUUUUGAGAAUGAAGGACUCUCGAAUUCAUCAAUUGGAAGAUGCAUUGAUGGAGAAAGAGAGGUAUAUGGCGUCCGCUCUGCAGCGACUGAAGGGUGAGUCUGAUAUUAUUUGCUCAAAAUACAACGAAAGGAUUUAUCAACUUGAGCUUAAGUUGAAAGACAAGGAGCAAACUGAAGGAGUUGAAAAAAAAAUCACACAAUAUUCACACAACAUAGAUUCCGAUACUGUGCUUCUUAACGAAAAGCUGUUAAAGUACGAAAAACUUUUGUCGGAUAAUUACAGGUCUAUAGAUGUUUUAAACAAACAUUGGGAAAGAUGCGUAGAAGACAUGAAAAAAAAUCACUCCGAACAACUGCGGCUUAUUCAUAAAAAUCAUGACGAUGAGAUAAAUCGCCUUCGGAUCACCCAGCAGGUAGAGCUGGAUCGUAUUACGAAGAUGAAAAACACCAAUGAGGAUAUAAAGCUCUUAAAUCACAAGUUAAUAAAAAUGGCUGGCAAUGGUAAGUCUGAAAAGUUUUUAUUAGCUGUUUUAGAUCGGUUAAACUAUUUAGAAAAGCGAUGCAAACAAAGGGAAGAGGAUGCGGCUUUUGAAAUUUCAGAAUCUAUACGUGUUGUAGAAAUUGAGCGACGGCUGCUGGAAGAAAAAAUGGCAUUAAUUAUAGAGGAAAAAAAUCAGCAAAUAAAACGUUUCCAAAUCGAAUUGGAUGAUCUUCUUGCUCAUAUAAAAUCAUUGGCGGAUCCCAAAAAUUUGGUUAGUGCGCAAGUAGUUUGGUAA